AUGGAGCACGUGGCCACGUUAGCGACGAGCUCACGCUCGCCUCCGGGCUCGGUACCGAGCUACCACGUCCCCGUGAAGUGUCUCCAGGUGUGCGACCACACUUUCAAAGGCCCGACGCUCCGCAUGCGACGUCUCUUCUACCUCCGCCAGAUGCACAUCCUCAUGGAGCUGGGCAGGGCGGACACAUUCGGCCACGCGCGCCCGCUCAUCCAUCCCGUUCUGCACGCCGUGCCCCCAUCGCGCGGGCUCGGCUGGGCAGCAGAGCGCGGCGUCGUCGGCGGGUGGGCCGACGUGGACCGGCGGGAGCCGCGGUACAUCACCCACUUCCGCGGGCGGCCGUCGCUGCUGUUCGCUGAGGAGCGCGCGGUCAUCAGCGAGGCCUCCAAGCGCGCGAUCGUCGUCAUCGGACAGGCGGGCUCGCCCGCGCCCGAGAGCGGGGUGUCCGUAGGUACUUAG